AUGCUAGGCUUGUCUCGUGAAGGUACUUCUGGUGCUGAUGCUGACCCGAAGGGUAAGGGAAAACAAGCUGCAGCACCUGAAGGUGGAGAUGUAUCUGAUGCUGCUGAUGAACCUGAAGACGAAGAUGAUGAUCCUAACAGGACUGUUAUCGUCGUCGAGCAUUAUACUCAAUGCAAAUCAUUCUUGAGGAGAGCUACUGAGGUGAAGGAUGGUCUGGAGGGUAGUCAAGCUAUUGAUGUGGUGGUGAAACUGAACCCUGAAAAGCCAAGGAGAGGUUGCUUUGAGAUACGCCAACAAGGUGACCAGACAUUCAUUAGCCUUUUGGUCAUGGGUCGUCCAUUCAAGCCAAUGAAGGAUCUUGACAUGGACAAGAUCAUCUCAGAUAUCGUUGAUGGGUUAUCAAAUAUUAGUUGA